AUGCGCGUUGCAUAUGCCAUCGCAUUGAUGAUGGCCGCAGUCUAUGCCGAUGCAGCCACCUUCAAAGUCGUAGCACCUGGUGCCCAACAAAGCGUUGCCGUUUCGAUACACGGUCAGCGUACUCCACUAACUCGACCCGAUGCCGACGUACCCUAUUAUCAGGGUGAAGCCGAGUGCAACGGCUCAUGCCAAUAUAAAUACGUUGUCGACAGCACAGAAGAAACAUUCGAACGUACUCUUAAUGGCGAGACCACACUCAACGAUAUAUUCCAACGACCUGUAACCUACGCUUCCUUACCACCCUUACCACACCCGAUCAAAAACAGCCCAUGGACACGUGGUGGCCCUAAAGGAUCCAUCUGGGACGACCAAUAUAUGCCUUCAAUCUUCAUCAACGGCGACCCAUCCGAGAUGGAGGACCUAGUAAACAACGUGCCGGAAAAGAAAGUCAAUAUUAAAUUCACCAUGAUCGGUCCUGAUCAGGUGUGGACGUUCCAAGACACGACACUGCGUAUCCACGGCGCAGGAAAGAGCAAAAACAACGCCAAGCAAAGCUGGGAAUGGUAUUUGCCUCAAGGCAAAUACUUGGAUAACCGCAACUGGUUCAAGCUUCGACACAUGGAAGAAGAUCCAACACAGAUGCGCGAGAAAUUGUACGCUGACGUUUUAGGUGCCCUGGACACAUAUGCCAACCGUGCCAAUAUGGUCCGUCUGUUUAUCAACGGCGUUGGUUUUGGCACAUUCAAUAUGCUUGACGACGUAAUUCAAUACUCGUACAUCAAUGCCAUGUGGUACAACGGAAACCCACCUAAUCGAAUGGGCCCUCUAUAUGACGGUGCGUCUGGCGCUGAUUUUAUCUAUUACGAAUCCUCCGAUCACUACGAAGAGUCAUGGAAGCCCAGCAAAAAGAGCCCUGGCGGUGAAGAACCUAUCCAGGAUUUCACUGAAGAGUUCAAGGAAGUGGAUGUUCAGGACGACCAACAAAUUGCCGAAUUCAACAAACGAUUCAAUAUCGAUCAGUUCUUGCGAUUCAUGGUGGUCGAGUAUUUGACAGCUGAUUGGGAUGGAUAUUGGAUGGAGCAGACCAACUUGGGCGCUUAUUGUGACCCCACUGAAAAUAAUCGAUGGUACUACUUGGGCCAGGACUUUGAUGCCACAUUCGGCGUCAACCUCGUCACACCUGAAGGCCGUGACGAAUUUGUCAAGGUCUCGUACAAGGAUUAUCCACAGAGAUAUCCCGAGAGUGUCAUGAUCAACCGUCUGCUUGAAAACCCAAAGAUUCGGUCCACCUUUGAGACGUAUUUGAAGGAUACCGUGCGUAUACUGUUCAACGACCAGACCUUGACCCGCCGUGUAAUUGCCUAUCACAACUAUAUUGCUCCUGAUUUGCGAUGGGAUCGUAGUAUCAAGCAAUUGUCUCCUGGCAUUAAUUUUGGAUGGAACUUUGAGCAGACCUCUGAAAACUUGUAUCAAAAGGUUUCUGCUCCUAACGAUAAUGGCGGUGGUGCUGAUUUUGGUUUGAUCCAAUGGAUCAAGCUCAAAUCAGAUGCGGUUGCUCAAGAAUUCGGCCUUACUAUUUUGAGUGCGACUGAAGCCCUCGAAUAUACCAAUCCAUCCGUGAACGCCAGCUUGGCAGAGGGUCAAGCAAAAAACAAAGUUCAAGAAGCAAGUACCACGAACAAUGGUGCUCCCUCCGAGCAAGAAGGUGGCAAUAUUAUCGACACAGAUGCUCUGAACGCAGACAAGGGCGGUCAAUUUCAAACAGAAUCAGAAAGCCUUAAACUUCACGCUGGUGCAGGUUCUAUCAGCAUAACAACAGCCGCGCCAUUCACGGUGCUGGCCAUUCUUAGCACCUUCCUAUUAAACUUUGCUUAA